UAAUUUAAUGAGACUUUUAAACGCUACCAUUAUUUCAAUAUAUAUGUAUGUAUUUUGUUUCAUUAGUUUUUGUUCUCGUCUUUUAUGUAUUAAGUUAAAAAUGUAAAAAAUUUUUAGAUAAUUCGAAUGUCUUGUCAGGAUCCAAUGCUUAUUAAAUCAAUUUUACAAUUGAACUUUCAUUUCAGAGCGUGUGUUUAAAUGUCUCAUAAAGAAAUAUAUAAAUAUUUUUAUCAGGAGAAAAUAACUGGCAGUUUUUCCUUGCAUAUGAGCAGUAUAAAUUAAUUUAAACUUACUGAUAAAGUCAGUGUCGAAGAUAUGUCUUAUAUCAUCAAAAGUUCUGUUUUAAAUAAGUGUUAUUGAUUUGAAUAUAAUAAAAAAGAAUCAAUGGCGAUACUGUGUUCGUGUUAUUUAACACGAAUUCUUUUAAAACUGUGAUAAAUAUUUCGUUUUUAAUAUUACUCGAUAAACGAAAGACAAAACAAAACUUUUAACGUGAUAUUGUGCCGCUCCUCACUGAAUUAAUAAUUUAAAUAAAAAAACCGUGUAAUUGCGUCGGCCUUCUGGCGUACAGUUGUCAAGUGCUCAUUUCCUAUUUCAUUUCAGAUGCAAAGUAUCUUCUACCUAUGUGCACUUUAGAAGCGCGUCUCGCGUUUCAGUCGAAGAGACACGCGUGGAGUUUCUCCGUCGGCGACGAUAUAUCGACUACGAUGUACGAAGCGGCGAAACGAAUUUGACCAGAUAUUCAUAGUGCACUGAUAAGAAAGAUAACGAAGCACGCCGGUAUUUAUUCCACUCACAGAAUUAUCAGUUCCAUGCCGAUACUAAAGGAAUACUCAUCAUGAUUCGCGAUCGUAUGCCCGAUUUGCGUGCCAGCCGAAGUAACAGCAGUACUUUUGGCAGAGGAUUCUUGCAAGACGUACACCUUCAAAUAGCGCAGAAUAAAAAGCUCAAGGAACUGCUCGACGAAGCCGAGGAAAUACGCACUCUGAUCCACCUGACAAUAGAAAACGUUUCCAUUUUGAAGAACUUGCACAACAAUAUCUUGUCGCAUACGAAUAAAGACUUACAAAACGAAUUGGAGACUCGCAUGUGUACGAUCUCGGAGACGGCUUUUCGCGUGCAGCGAAAGUUACGAGCCUUCGUAGAUCUGGGAAACGGUACCACCGUCGAUGAUGAUUCGACUGAAGAGCAAGAGGGACCUGUAUACCAGAGGAUCAGGCAGUUGCAAUACAUGACUAUGAUGCAAUCAUUUUCUGAGAUCAUGGAGGAUUACAAUGCCUCGUUGCUGAAAUAUCACGAUAAACGUCUGCUGCUCUUGCAGCAGCAACGUUCACUACUAAGGCGGCAGGUUACAAGCGUGGAACUGGACCAUAUGCUUGAUGCCCAAGAAACUAGCUUAUUUGUCGACAAUAUUUUAGUAGACAGCAGGACAGCAAGGCAACAAUUAUCAGACAUAAAGAGCAGACAUAACGACGUCUUAAAAUUGGAAAAAUCUCUCACCGAGAUCAGAGAUUUAUUUAUGGAAAUAGCAUUCCUAGUCGAGACACAGGGGGAACAAAUUAACAACAUAGAACAUUUUGCUAACAAAACCACGGCUACCGUCGACGGCGGACGCCGUCAAAUCAGAAAAUCAGAAGACAGACAUCAUAGAUACAGAAAGCGGAAAAUUAAGAUUGGCAUUAUCGUAUGCGUGAUAGUGAUAAUAUUUCUUUUAUUUAUCAUUGCAUCGUUGUAGAAGUUAUACGAGAUAUCUUGAGAAAGUAGUUUAUAUAAAAUGUUUUAAUAGUAAUGUUAAUUAUAAAUAAACGUAUACCAUGAACUAUA